UUUGCAGUAGCCCAAAAACAAACAAGGAUAUUUUAUCUGAUAAGGUUAAAAAUAAACCUGAUAUUUUGUCGGAAAAAAUGACUAGCGAAACAUUAUUAUUAGAAACUUUAAAUAAAGAAAAAAAAGUUAAACAAAAGACCCAACAAGAAAGGAUUAGUAAAAAUUUUUCGUGGGUUCUGUUUUUUGCUGGCGAGGAAUAUAACCAAGAAUUAUCCCAGCAGGAAAUACCAGAAAAAAAUAUUAUUGACUUCGCCCAAGUGGGACAGGAAAAAGGCGAGUGA